AUGUACAAAGAUGCUAUGGAGACGUGCUCUCAUUCUGGUGAAAGGGAGCACUAUGAGGAAUUGCUUGUUUAUUUUAUUGUGCAGAGUGCUGUUAAUAUGAGAAGUGCUGGGAUGGAGAGCACUGCAGAAUUGCUAGAGAAGCAAUUAUCAGCAGAGAUAUCGAAGACGACUCUUGAGGAAGCUAUAGCAUUAGCUCGUUCUCUCAGCCAUCAUCUCAACCUUAUGGGAAUUGCUGAAACCCAUCAUAGAGUUCGCAAAGCAAAGGAUGUCGUUCAUUUGUCAAAAUCAUGUGAUGACAUUUUCAGUAAGUUGGUACAAAGUGGAGUGCCACCAGAGGAGCUUUAUAAUACUGUUUGCAAUCAGGGGAUUGAAAUUGUUUUAACCGCACAUCCGACGCAAAUAAACAGACGUACCCUUCAAUACAAGCAUAUCAGGAUAGCUCGUCUUUUGGAGUUCAAUGAGAGACCUGACCUUAGCCAUGAAGACAGGGAGAUGCUGAUUGAGGAUUUGAAGAGAGAGGUUACUUCUUUAUGGCAGACAGAUGAAUUGAGGCGUCACAAACCCACACCGGUUGAUGAAGCAAGGGCAGGUUUACACAUUGUGGAACAAACACUUUGGCAAGCGGUGCCUCAUUAUUUACGCCGUGUUAGUGCUGCUCUGAAAAAGCACACCGGACGUCCACUUCCAUUAACUGCCACUCCUAUCAAGUUUGGCUCUUGGAUGGGCGGCGACAGAGAUGGGAAUCCAAAUGUUACAUCAAAAGUCACAAGAGAUGUUUCUCUAUUAUCACGCUGGAUGGCAGUUGAUCUCUACAUUAGAGAAGUUGACAAUCUCAGAUUUGAACUAUCCAUGAAUAGAUGCAGCGAUAAGUUGGCAGGCCUGGCUCGAGAAAUACUACUUGAAGAAAGUGAAUCUGAGGAUCAGCAACGUGAAAGUUGGGAUCAACACCCUAACAGAAGCCCUGCAAAGCCUUAUGGUCAACAAUCUUCAGCACUGCCAGCACAACUUCCUGUAGCUGCUCAUCUUCCCUCUUGCAGAUCUGGUGACCCUCACUAUCCAAUACUAGAUUUCCCUGGUAAUCGUCAGAGUGGUCUAGGUUCUGCUCCAGAAUCCCCAACAAAAUUAGACAACGGUGGAGCUGGUUCUCAAUCUCAAGAUGGCAACUCACAGCCUUGCCUUCAGAACCAAUUAUCUAAAAAAAAUUCUUCCGUCGCUGGUCAUCUUAUUACCCAGAGAAAGCUACUAGAAUCUCAAACCGGCAGAAGUAGUUUCCGGAAGCUUCUGGAACCUAGCCUGCAUCAGCGUCCAGGGAUUGCUUCCUAUAGAGUUGUUCUUGGACAUGUAAAAGACAAGCUUAUGAAGACACGAAGGAGGUUGGAGCUUCUCCUUGAGGAUCUUCCUUGUGAACAUGACCCUAUAAAUGACUAUGAAACAGCUGAUCAACUUCUAGAACCACUUCUCCUAUGCUAUGACUCAUUGCUAUCAUGUGGGUCCGGCAUACUUGCUGAUGGGCGUUUGGCCGAUCUUAUAAGAAGGGUUGCUACAUUUGGGAUGGUAUUGAUGAAGCUCGAUUUGCGUCAGGAAUCUGGCCGACAUGCUGAAACACUUGAUGCAAUUACUAAAUACUUGGAUAUGGGUGUGUAUAGUGAGUGGGAUGAAGAAAAGAAACUGGAAUUUCUUACCAGAGAGCUGAAAGGAAAGAGGCCUCUUGUCCCGCCAACUAUAGAGGUGGCUUCAGAUGUUAAGGAGGUUCUGGAUACAUUCCAUGUAGCUGCUGAGCUUGGGAGCGAAUCUUUGGGAGCGUAUGUGAUAUCAAUGGCAUCUAAUGCAAGUGACGUUCUUGCUGUGGAGCUGUUGCAAAAAGAUGCUAGACUUGCUGUGAGUGGGGAAAUAGGAAGGCCUCGUCCUGGUGCAACUUUAAGGGUGGUUCCUCUAUUCGAAACUGUCAAAGAUUUGAGAAGUGCCGGUUCAGUGAUAAGGAAACUAUUAUCAAUCGACUGGUACCGGGAGCACAUCAUAAAGAACCACAACGGACAUCAAGAGGUAAUGGUUGGUUACUCUGAUUCUGGUAAAGAUGCCGGGCGUUUUACUGCAGCUUGGGAAUUGUACAAAGCUCAAGAGGAUGUUGUAGCUGCCUGCAACGAGUAUGGGAUUAAAGUUACACUUUUCCAUGGGCGUGGUGGUAGUAUCGGUCGUGGUGGGGGCCCCACAUAUCUCGCUAUACAGUCGCAACCUCCUGGCUCUGUGAUGGGAACACUCCGUUCAACGGAACAAGGCGAAAUGGUCCAAGCAAAGUUCAGCAUCCCCCAAACCGCCGUCCGCCAACUCGAAAUCUACACCACUGCCGUCCUCCUCGCGACCCUCCAACCCCCAAUACCUCCUCGAAAAGAAAAAUGGCGCCAAAUCAUGGAAGAGAUCUCAAAAACAAGCUGCACCCACUACAGAAACGUAGUCUACGAAAACCCCGAGUUCAUCUCCUACUUCCAAGAAGCCACCCCUCAAGCGGAGCUUGGGUUUCUUAACAUCGGGUCCCGUCCUUCUCGAAGAAAAGCCUCUGUUGGUAUCGGGCAUCUCAGAGCCAUUCCUUGGAUAUUCGCUUGGACCCAGACCCGCUUCGUUUUGCCAGCUUGGCUUGGUGUCGGCGCGGGACUAAAAGAUGCAUUGGAUAAAGGGUAUCAAGAAGAUCUUCGCGCAAUGUACGAAGAAUGGCCAUUUUUUCAGUCCACGAUCGAUCUUAUAGAGAUGGUUCUUGCGAAAGCUGAUACAUCGAUUACCAAGCAUUACGAUGAGGUUUUGGUAUCUGAGAACAGGAGAGGGCUCGGCGAGAAGCUGAGGACUGAGCUUGUGGCAACGGAGAAGUUUAUUCUGGCUGUCGGGGGUCACGAUAAGCUUUCAGAGAAUAAUAAGAGUUUGAAGAGGUUGAUUGAGAGUAGGUUGCCUUAUUUGAAUCUUAUGAAUUUGUUGCAGGUUGAGGUUUUGAGGAGGCUGAGGAAGGAUAGUGAGAAUGGUAAGCUUAGGGAUGCUUUGCUUAUUACAAUCAAUGGAAUUGCUGCUGGGAUGAGGAACACUGGUUGAGUUUGUGAUGUAAGGUUGGGAGAUAAUAACGGCUUGAAAAGAUUGAUUUUUUUUUUUGGUCUUUGUUUUUCAAGAAAUCUUUGGUUUAUGAAUUUUUGUUUAUAUUUCAUGGGGAGUAUGAGAAUUAUGUCACCGGUGGAUGUUUGUUUGAAUGUUACGGAUACUGCUAUAAGAAUGAACGGUUUUCUAGUAU